AUGCCCUGCCAACUCGGCAUAACCAGCAUGUCCCUGGGAUGGCCUUACGCAGGUCACUCCCUUGCCAGCAAGCUCGACAUCAUGGAGCAGCAAGGCUACCAGGGUAUCGAGCUCUUCGAUGCCGACCUCCUCGACCACGCUAAGCAGUUUGAGUCCCCCCAACAUCGCCCCAGUGAUGGACCGUCUCACCAAGCCCAACUGAAGGCAGCCCACGGCAUCCAGCGUCUCUGUGCCCAAAAGAACAUAACCAUCAUCUGCCUUCAGCCCUUCUCUGGCUAUGAUGGCCUCAUCGACCGAAAAGAGCACGACGCAAGGAUCGAGAAGCUGCAUAGGUGGAUGGAAAUCGCCACAGCACUGCAGACAGACCUCAUCCAGGUGCCCUCGUCCUUCCUCCCAGAGGCGCAAAUGAGCGACGACAUGAACCUCAUCGUGUCGGACCUGCAGAAGAUUGCCGACCUGGGCGCCGCGCACAAUCCACCAAUUCGCUUCGUGUACGAGGCUCUGUGCUUUGGCACGCGCAUCAACACGUGGGAGGCCAGCUGGGAGGUGGUGCAGCGGGUCGACCGCGCCAACUUGGGCCUGUGCCUGGACAGCUUCAACAUCGCGGGCAGGAUCUACGGCGAUCCGGCUUCAUCCUCAGGCGUCACGCCGGAUGCAGAGCGCGCGGUAACAGAGUCUAUGAAGAGGCUUGUGGAGCGUGUGGAUGUGAAGAAAGUCUUUUACGUGCAGAUUGUCGACGCGGAGCGCCUGGAGAGCCCUCUGGUCGAGGGCCACCGUUUCUAUACGGAGGGCCAGACGCCGCGCAUGAGCUGGAGCAGGAACUGCAGGCUCUUCUACGGCGAGACGGACCGAGGCGCAUUCUUGCCCGUCAGGGAGAUCGCCGAGGCUUUCUUUCACGGCCUUGGGUUCGAGGGGUGGGUCAGCCUGGAGCUGUUCAACCGGCGGAUGAGCGACCAGGGCGCCGACGUGCCGCACGAGCUGGCACACCGUGGUGCCGUCUCAUGGGGCCGGCUGGUUGAGGACCUGCGCCUUGCGACGAAGACCAAGAGCAGCCGAGUGUCAGAGAUGCCAGCGAGGAGGUGGAGAGUCAUCCGUCGCCAGCAUUUGCGGCCGAGUCGGACGAUAGCGACACGCCGUCCUAGGGGGCGAGAAGCGUGA